GGAGCCGUUACCGCAGCGUGCCGGAAGUGGCCGUGGGCCGGCGUCCGGGCCGCGCCCGCAGUGAGUAGCGUCUCCGCGGCCGGCGACGCCAUGGAGCCCGGGGCGGCCGAGCUGUACGACCAGGCCCUGCUGGGCAUCCUGCAGCACGUGGGCAAUGUCCAGGACUUCCUGCGCGUGCUCUUCGGCUUCCUCUAUCGCAAGACCGACUUCUACCGGUUGCUGCGCCACCCGUCCGACCGCAUGGGCUUCCCGCCCGGCGCGGCGCAGGCCCUGGUGCUGCAGGUGUUCACAGCCUUCGAGCACAUGGCCCGGCAGGACGACGAGAAGAGGAGGAAGGAGCUGGAGGAGAAGGCCAGGAGGAAGGAGGCAGAGGAGGCUGUGGCCACGGCUGCUGAGCAGGAGCCAGUCCCGGCCCCAGGACAGGAGGUGGAGGUCGGCCCCGGGGCAGACUCAGGCGGGCCUCCGGGCCCACAGGGUGCCGGACUGGAGGUAACCCCCGGCUCCGAGGAGGCAGAGCCACCAGGAGCUCAGGCGGGGGCCACCGAACUUCCAGAGGAACCCCCGGCUCUUCCCAAGAGGCAGGAGCAGUUCCAGAGAAACCCUGACAGCUACAACGGAGCCGUGCGCGAGAACUACACCUGGUCGCAGGACUACACUGACCUAGAGCUCAAGGUGCCCGUGCCCAAGCACGUGGUGAAGGGCAGGCAGGUCUCGGUGGCCCUGAGCAGCAGCUCCAUCCGGGUGGCUGUGCUGGAGGAGGAUGGGGAGCACGUCCUCAUGGAAGGGAAGUUCACGCACAAGGUCAACACUGAGAGCUCCCUGUGGAGCUUGGAGCCUGGCAAGUGCGUCCUGGUGAGCUUGAGCAAGGUGGGCGAGUACUGGUGGAGCGCUGUCCUGGAGGGCGAGGAGCACAUCGACAUCGACAAGAUCAACAAGGAGCGCUCCAUGGCCACGGUGGACGAGGAGGAGCACGCCGUGCUGGACAGGCUCACCUUCGACUACCACCAAAAGCUGCAGGGCAAGCCGCAGAGCCAUGAGCUGAAAGUCCAUGAGAUGCUGAAGAAGGGCUGGGAUGCUGAAGGCUCCCCCUUCCGAGGCCAGCGAUUCGACCCGGCCAUGUUCAACAUCUCCCCGGGGGCCGUGCAGUUCUAGUGCCCAGAGGAAAGGGAGCGCGCCCCGGGCUCCCUCCUGCCAGGGACUUGCUGGCGGGUUUGCCCUCGCCGUCGUUCCUUUCCAGGGUGGACCCGCGGUGCCCGGCGCUGCAUCUCUGGACUGUUGGGAGCAGCAGGGGGCCAGCGGGACGCCGGCCACCCGCUCUCCUCUGGCUGCUGUGCGCACGCUCUGCUUGCUUUCCUUGUGCUGAGGGCUGGGCGUGGGUGCCAGGCCAGCUGCUGACCUGCAGGGGGUGGGGGGGCGCCCUGGCCGUGACCUCUUCCUGCACCUGUGCGCGUGUGGUGUCGCUUGGCGUUUGUAUGCGUCCGCUGCCUGCUCAGCCCCGUCGCAGAGCAGCAGAAGGUGGGUCCUGGUCGCUGCUUCUGAACGUGGGGACACAGCCCCGAGUGGCCACAGGCACAGCAGGAACUGUUCUCCACGUCUUCUUGUGGGACCCGGUUCUUGUCAUAGAGCCAACCGGGUGUCCUCGGGAGAGCAGAGCGCGGUGCCCCUUCUCCUGUGUCUGCUGUGCCCCUGCUCUUCCAGCUGGGACCGCGGCGUGUUGGGCUAUCGGCCAGCGCGUCUCCCGGGGCCUCCCCUCGUGGCUCUGUCCUUCCGGCUGACAGGGACUCCUUUCUGGGUGAUGGUACUUUUGGGAACAGCCCCCAUCACCCGAGUAGGUGGGAACUGGCUCGUCAGUCCUGUGGGGGCAGGUAUGUGGCUCGCGGAGGCCAGAAAUGGGUGGGGAUUCCUGAAUGCCUCCUUCCCAAUAUCCCUGGGAAGCCUCGGGUGGCUCUGGUGCCGUUAAGGGAAGUGCAGACACCAGGUCGCUGGGGGGGAGCAUUUUCGGGGAUGCGGAGCCCUGUCUCCUGUAGUUGGCUCUGUGGCCAGUCGUGGAGCUGCUGAGACUCGUCCUCGAGGCCUCUGGGAUGUGCACGCCUGUCCCAUGUCACCAGCGCCUUGUGUGAGAACUGUUCUGGGUGGUCUCAGGCCUUGGACCACGCCGUGAGGGUCUUCUGGCAUGACGAGGUGCGGCAUACGCCCGCACCCCAGCUACUUGGGAGACUGGGGAGCCGUGGACUCUGUGGUCCCUUGUCUUCCCCUGUCUGACAUUAUAGUCAGUGUUGGUUUCUGCCCAUAUUGCCUGUCGUGACAGUGGCUCCCCGGCGUCUGGGAGUGGUGGGCUGGGCCGAGGUGCUGGUCCACAUGGCGGAGGGCGGGCUGUUCUCACGGGUGUCCUCUGACCCUUGCUGCCGGCCUGGGCCCUGGAGCCGGUGCAGCCUGCGUGUUUUCUCUCUCCAGACGCGGCCACCGCCGAUCGGCCACUGAGCUCCGUCAGCCGAGGUCCACGGAGAGCAGGGUGCCCGUCUGCGAAGUCCCUCUCCAGUGUCGGUUUGCAAUAAAUCUGUGUUUAAGCA